AUGUCUUACUACGACGUCUACCUAGUCGAAGAUCUUGGAGCACCACGUAACCACCACGCCAUCUUCGUCGAAACAAAUCAAGAUCGGAGUGUCUGGCUAUUUCAAGUUACGGGAGACAUCCAGAACGGCAUGAGACAUGAGGAUAAACAUGCUUCCGAACCGUCCACUUCCGCUACUUUUCGAGACAAGACUUUGAUCGGAAAAGUUGCCACGGCCAAUUUCGAUCGGAUCAAAGGAAUUUGCGAGGGAAUUCCGGCUCCCAAGAAGCAAUUCAACGGGCCAAAGCGACUUUUUCCAAACGAGCCGCUUCGACGCUGUCAAGAAUGGACAAAGGAAGCAAUUGAUGCAUUACUUAGCGAGGGAGUACUCGAGAAGUGA